AGGGGAAAGAAGGAGGGUCUCUUGGGAGCAGAUCACGAGUCCAGUCUCCACAGACGUCGCCUGACACCACCACAAACGUCAUUAAAUCUCUGGGUCUCGAAAAAAGUUGGUGCGAGCAGCGUCGACUGUCUACCACAGUUUGUGGGUGCGAGUAUACGGCGGUGGGUGCAGAAGAGUGGAGAUUGUUUAAUGAGCUCCAGCCAGCGACCAUCGUACCUCGUUCUUCUAUCUACUCCCUAUCUACUCCACCCUCGCUGACUCUCACCGCCCCCUCCGACAUCCAUUUCGUCCACACACCGGAGUUGAAGCUGCAUUGACACCUGCUCUGUGCUCUGUCAUUGAGUAAUCCCUGAUUCCGGUUUUGAUCCAACUUACUACCCCGAGGGACUGCAGUGGGGACGAUGGCGGGUUACGUUCGCUUUAGGCUUGCGACGAUUCUGGCGUCCUUUCUUUUGUGUCUACCAGCUUUUUCCCAAUGCGCCAGGGUUGUCGGAAUGACACAAACAUCGGGUUCGGAAGUUGAUUCUGAAUACUACUCCAAAGCGUCCACUGAGUAUUGUUCGACAGACUUCUCGCAAGUUUCUUACGAAGACGUGAAAGCUGCGUGCCCAGCCUACGCCGAGCAGGGUGCAUCUGCAGCUUGUUGUGCUGCCUUCAAUACCAAGGCCUGCCAGUACGAGGCUCAAGUGAACAACUUUGGAAGCAUGUGUCCCAUACUUUUCAUCAAUUAUCUCGGCAUGGCCGGUCCUUACCCUGCUGGUUAUUUCGUCGGCCCAUGUGUCGACGGUACCAAGGGCUUUUGCAUCCGCAAGUAGAACUUCUGCAAUAGAUGAUUGUCAAGAUCAGUAUCUCAGGAGACUGCAUCUAAAGCAUCCAAUCCUAGCUCCUCUUCGCAUGAAUUUGUCCUAAUAUGAAAUGCUGCAUUCCGCAGCCACUUCUGUUCAAUCUA